UAGAAAAUAAAUCCGAACGUAGCUGCAACUCGAAAAAAUUACAAGGAGAGAGUUCAAGAAUAAGUAACAAUAGACAUUUACAUUCCAAUAAAUAUUUAGACAUGAAGGGUACUAAGAGAGAUUGGUUUUUUCGUGUUCAGGUCCCAGGAUUAGAAAAAAGUGACUUUGUGUAUGUAGUAGGAAAUUUACCAGAAUUAGGAGCUUGGAAUCAUAACCAAGCAAUCCAACUCCAUCAAGAAAAUAAUCCAAGUCCGACAAACUCAACUCCCUUUGAAAAUAGUGAAGACACUUUUUCAAAUGACGGCGCAUCUGAUAAUUUAUUUUGUGAUAGCAAACAAAAUGACCGGGUCUUCUCUUUGAAAAUUUCGCUACCAACUGAUACGGACAUUGAGUUUCGUUACUUUAUCGCGGUGGUCUGUCAAUCUAACAGCACUAAAAAUUCAGCCAAGACUUUAAUCAUUCGGAAAUGGGAGACACAUAUGAGCCCAAGAUUAUUAAAAAAAUCUACGCCGAGUAAUUUUACUGAUGACUUGAUACCAGAUCCUGAAAAAUUUGGCUAUUACAAUGGAUACUAUAAAGUUGAGCGGGGGUGGUUGACCGAUGAAACAGUUAUGCAAUUUAAAUUGUUUAAUAAUCCUAUUAAAAUAUGGAAGAAUCGAUUACAGAAUAAAAAAUUGUAUAUUAAGAUGACACCAGUAAAUCUAGUCAGACACAGUUCAUUGGAAUUACAGCAAUUUACUGGUGAGUGUGUUGAUGAUAGUCUUUCGAUGGAUACUCAGGAUAUUGUUGAUCAGCCAGCAUUUAGUAUUACGGAAAUAAGUGUAAUGAAUGAUGAUGAAGCUACCUAUAAAAAUCAAGAACAAUUCGGACGAGCUUAUGAAGACGACGAGUUCCUAACUUUCAGUGUCGCCGUUCGUUAUCCAGAAACCAUCGCAUAUCUGGUGGACUACUACGUCUACGGCUCCAGAGUUUUUCCUGGAGAUUCUCCACCAGAACAUAUAGGGUUCAGUUACAUUUUACCUAGUACUCUGGCAGGAAGUGUCGGUAUUCUGACAAUUCCAAUCACCAGCACUAAACAUCGGCCUAUUGGGCAAUUAACUGUUGAGUAUGUAAUUAUCAAGCCCAUACCAGACUACCCAUGGGACAUGAGUAUUUCUUACGCCAAACACUGGGAGGAAAGAUGGUCAGGUCUGGAUGUGGGACAUCGUGGACUUGGAACUUCAUUCAAGUGUGAAAUGAAGAACUGCGCAAAUGUAAGAGAGAACACAAUCGCUUCGCUAAAAACAGCGUCUCACCACGGCGCAGACAUGGUAGAGUUCGACGUCCAGUUGUCCAAAGAUAUGAUCCCAGUAAUUUACCACGACUUCCAUGUCUCGAUUUCAAUGAAGCGGAAGAAGCAGAUCGACGCGAUGGACAUGCUGGAGAUCCCCGUGAAAGACCUCACUCUGGAGCAACUUCACCUGCUCAAAGAUUUUUGUUAUCCAGAGGACUCGAUGGGUAAAGUGCUGUAUUUCUUUGAUAAAGAUGACUGGGGUAUUGACAAAGUGGUGUAUCAUCUGGCAGAGGGACGAGAAAAAAACCCGCGAUUCUUCGACGAAGAUCUUGAAGAACAUCAACCUUUUCCGACUUUGCAAGCAGCCUUGCAAGAAUUAGAGACUCAUGUUGGGUGUAACGUUGAAAUAAAAUGGACUAUGCAGUUGAAGGACGGAACUUUUGAGCUGAACCACCCGUUUGAUUUGAACAUGUACCUCGAUAUCAUCCUGAAGGUAGUUCUGGAGUACGGAGGCAACAGGAAAAUAGUUUUCUCAUCAUUCAACCCAGACAUUUGCUCGAUGAUUCGGCUGAAGCAGAACAAGUACCCUGUGGUGUUUCUUACCCAAGGUGUCACUGUUAAAUACCCGACUUAUCAUGACCCACGGUGUCAGACUAUUCCCAUGGCGAUGAGACACGCUCUGGCUGCUGAUAUUCUCGGGAUCAAUGUUCAUACUGAGGACAUUCUUCGUGAUCCUUCUCAAGUUAAAGUUGUUAAAGACCGCGGGCUUAUUAUUUUUUGUUGGGGAGAUGAUAAUAAUGAUAAGGCUACUAUUCAGCAUCUUAAGAAACUUGGUCUUCAUGCUGUUAUUUAUGAUAAAAUUGACGAGUACAAUCCAAAAGAAGUAAAAGAAAGUAUAUUUCUGGUGGACGCAAGAGAAAAUCAGAAAGAUUUGCUAGCUCUAGCUUGUACUCAACAUGGCCAGAGUUCUGGACUAACCACUGUACUGGAUCCAGAAAAUUUCAAAACACCAGCUACCUCAUUAGUACCCCCUUCAAAUCCACCAGAAUUUUCAUUUCCCGCUGCGUUACCCAAGAACCCAGAAACUGAGGAUACAGAAAUGGGAGACCUGGCGAAAGGUUUCAGCGAGUGUGCUAACAGCUUCGGCCACUCGACCAAGAGCUUCAGUCCUUUCAUUGAAUUGUCCGUUGACGACGCGGCCAAAGAUUGCCUCUAA